AGCAAACCUGGCAGCACCGUCACCAAGCUGAACGGGAUGGUGCUGCUCUGUAAGGUCUGUGGAGAUGUCGCCUCUGGCUUCCACUACGGUGUCCACGCCUGCGAGGGCUGCAAGGGCUUCUUCCGCCGCAGCAUCCAGCAGAACAUCCAGUACAAGAAGUGCCUCAAGAACGAGAACUGCUCCAUUGUCCGCAUCAACCGCAACCGCUGCCAGCAGUGCCGCUUCAAGAAGUGCCUGCUGGUCGGCAUGUCCCGUGAUGCGGUGCGCUUCGGGCGCAUCCCCAAGCGGGAGAAGCAGCGGAUGCUGGCGGAGAUGCAGAGUGCCAUGAGCGGCAUGGGCGGCGCUGUGCCCGGGAUGCCCGGCCCCGGCGAGGGUCCAGCACCGAGUGGGGGCCGAGCCUGCCCCAUGAACAGCCACCCGCCCGGCCGCAGCGGGCGCUCGGUGCAGGAGAUCUGGGAGGACUUCUCCCUCAGCUUCACCCCUGCUGUCCGCGAGGUGGUCGAGUUUGCCAAGCACAUUCCAGGCUUCCAGGCCCUCUCCCAGCAUGACCAGGUCACCCUGCUGAAGGCCGGCACCUUCGAGGUGCUGAUGGUUCGCUUCGCCUCGCUGUUCGACGUGAAGGAGCAGACGGUGACGUUCAUGAGCCGGACGAAGUACAGCCUGGAAGAGCUGUGGGGCAUGGGCAUGGGCGACCUGCUCAGCUCCAUGUUCGAGUUCAGCGAGAAGCUCAGCGCCCUCGACCUCACCGACGAGGAGCUGGGGCUCUUCACUGCCGUGGUCCUGGUGUCAGCAG